UUGUAGCUCCGUGUUUGUCCGCUUUGUUGCAGCUCUCGGAGGUUUCUGCAGAUUUCAGCUUGUGUUGCCAAGUGUUGCAAUGGAGCCGAGCUGGAGUACGUUUUUAUUCCAACAGGCCAAUGAGGCUCUGCAUCACCAGCACCACAUAGCCGGGAACAGUCUAUUGCCUUUGCUCAGCUCUGGAUCUGAGCCGCCUGAUCAGAAACCGGUGCUGCCCAUCCCUCUGGACCAGAAACCCCCUGUCAGUGCUGCAGAACUCCUUAAAGACAAUGUGGCCAGUGGGACAGGGGGAGGAGGGGGAGGGCCUCCUCUCGCUGUGAUCAAAAAAGAGCCCAAGUCAAAGACGCCCUUCAUCUGUGGCUACUGCAACAAGGCCUUCAGAGACAGCUACCACCUGCGACGGCACGAGUCUUGCCACACCGGUAUCAAGAUGGUCUCCAGACCCAAGAAAACUCAGAUGGCCCCCACAAUGGUGCCGCUCAUAUCCACCGUACCCCGAGAGAACAACAUCAACCAGUCGUAUAUCACCACUGUGGCUGGAAUCCUGACCACAGCCACCACGUCCACAGCUACAGGCACCAGCAUCAUGACGCCCAUGCAGCACCAGCAUCAGCAACAGCAGAGUGUUCCCAAGAAGCCCCCCAAACCUGUGAAGAAGAACCACGGCUGUGACAUGUGCGGGAAGGCCUUCAGAGACGUGUACCACCUGAACCGCCACAAGCUGUCGCACUCUGACGAGAAGCCGUUCGAGUGUCCCAUCUGUCAGCAGAGGUUCAAGAGAAAGGACCGCAUGACAUACCACGUCCGCUCCCAUGAUGGGGGGGUCCACAAGCCUUACAUUUGCUCCGUCUGUGGGAAGGGCUUCUCGAGACCUGACCACCUCAGCUGUCACGUGAAGCACGUCCACUCGUCAGAGAGGCCGUUCAAGUGCCAAGUCACGGCCUGUACCUCCGCCUUUGCUACCAAAGACCGUCUGCGCUCCCACAUGAUCAGACAUGAAGGUAAAGUCACCUGUAACAUCUGUGGUAAGAUGCUGAGCGCUGCCUACAUCACAAGUCACCUCAAGACGCACGGCCAGGCCAGCUUCAGCAACCCCUGCAACAAUAAAGGCAUAAGUGACUGGCAGUGGAACCACUCAGGGCCACGAAAAGGUGAGUUGACGGUAGGAGAGAUUUUAAAUAACUCCUUCCAAGUCCUAAUUGACAACUCUCACAAAGAUGCCAACAAUGUGCACAACAACUCCGCCACCUCCACGCCCGUCACCAACUCGGCAGCCAUCACCUCAGCUAUUAACCGCGGUGCCAGUAAUCCCGUCACCAUCGCCGCUCAGAUGAACAUCGCCACCAGCACGGUGAACAUCACGUCCUCGAUGAACCUGCAACACCCUGUCACCAUCACCGGCCCCGUCAACCUGGCCUCCGUCAACAUCCCGACGACAGCACACAUGAAUAUCGCCCACCCGGUGGCCAUCACCUCGCCCAUGUCCAUGAAUAUCACCGGGCCACUCAACAUCGCCAUGAGGCCCAUGGAUAGCAUGCCUUUUCUAUCCCAAGUCCUGCCCUCCUCCCCGCCCUGGUAGAGCUGAUUGUAAACGUGUGUUGAAGCUGAUCAUGUUUUAACUGCCUGAUAAUGGAGCAACCGGUCACAUCUUUAUGGUCAAUGAUGGUGUCUGAAACCUGAAGAGCUGAUAACCAAUGAUAAAAAAAAAAAUAGUACUGAAGAUAGCAAUGAAUGAAUGUUACUCCUAUUGCGGCAUUAUGUGUUUUUUUUUUAUUAUUUAUAAAAGAAAAUGUUUCAGGCUUAUCUGGCUAACAGUCAGUCAAAAUGAAUUGAAUGAAGAUAUCAUUUUUUCGGCUAACCCAGUAGUUAAAUCAGUCGACCAAUUAAGGUACUUCAUCAUAUUGAUGAACUUAAUAUCUGAAAAUAAUAUCACCAUGCUGGAGCCUCACUCAUGAAACUAUAACCCGUACUGUCAAAUUGCCAUAUCUAGUAGUAGGGAGUUGGAAGGAAAAGGCAGAUUUAAAGUUUCUGGUUAUAUCUGCCUGUAAAGAUCAUGUAAUACUUUAAGCAUUUAAUGGGAAAGAUCUUAAUGAAUUCUAAAACGUCCUGAGAUUAAGUUGUUUUGAUCAAGUAUUUACUUUGAUGGUCAGAUGAACUCAUUUUUGUUUUGAUGAAUGAUGCUACAAAACACUCCAGAUUAAGUUUUUCUCAUGCAAACAUGACUUUGGUGGGGAGGAUGUGUGGAGGGGGUUAUUUAGCGCACAUUUUCUCUGUAAAUAUAGACCAUUAAUGCCAAAGAUUUUCUAAGUGAACUGUUUCCAUUUGAAUGCUAUAUUUAAAAGGAUGAAAGAAGCAUUUGGACAGCCUUUAGACCAUCAAUAGACACUUAAAUGUCCUUCAAAAACCUGCAGUAAAACACCUCCAGCCCCAAUCCACAUCACCAAUUUACAUUACCCGUCAUGUCAGUGAGAUAAUCUUGUAACUUUUUAUAUUUUGUUUUUAAAUCUGAUCAUGUUUUUAAUGUUACUGGAUGAUCGUCACAUCUUCAGGUUUCAUGACACAUUCAAACAAAAAGAGUAUUUUCUUCCACAGUUGAACAUUAUCAGGCAGUUAAUACAGCAUCCAUUUUAACAUGUUCACCCUUACUGUGUUUGUAUUUAUCCCCUUUUAUUUCACUCGACUAGUUUGUUUCCUCUGGCAGAUGGUAGAAUGGUAGGGUGAGCAGUCUCAUCACAGCAGUAAACACUCAGCAGCAUGCUGUGAAGCAAACCCUUUACAGCCAAUUUUUUUUUUUCAGACUUUCUUUCGGAAGUUCUAUUUAGCCACAGAAGGACCGUGUAGUUUUUGUAAAAGUGACCAGUGAAAGAUGAUUUCCUCAGCUGGUCGUGUGACUUCAAGCAUGGGUGAUGUGUGACACCUGAGGAAUUGUUUCACAGCUCCUUAAAUGGAAGUGUAUUGCUGGACUUCUUAAACACUUCCCCUUAAGGCAGAUUUUUUUUUCCAAGUUCUUUUUAUAUAUUGUUUUUAGUGGACUUAUCAGUAUUUGAUAGUUUAUGUAUUUUAAAGUUAAAGCUUCCAUUUUGGGGGAGGGAGGGGGUGAGUGAUGAUGUUUAUUUCACUGAUGUUCCAGAGGAGGUCUUUGAUCUGUCAAACAUCUGCUCCCCCCAUGUCUGUAUUUCAACAUUGCUGGAAACCAGUCACUUGUCACUGCUGCAUAAUCUGCACAAGUUUAUCUGUGACAUGUGUUUGUAUGUAUUUAUAAAUCAGGACAAGACGGUUGAAGGUACAGCAGAUAGGAAAUGUCUCGUUCUAAAAGCAUGUUCCCAAGGUUUUUGCCUUUUUAAAUGGCAGUAUUAUCAAAGGUCAAAUGAUUUUAAUUUUGAUUACUGACAGCUUUUUUUAACUGUAGAGGUCAAGAGCGCCACCCAGUGGCUUAUUAGACUGUGAUACACAAGCAGUCCCAAAGUUAACUCUUGCGCUAUGUUCAGUUGAUUAGAUAGUUUACUUUAGCAGGUCUAGGAUCCCAUCACUGUCAGUCAAACUCAGGAAGGUUACUGAGAAUAGUCUUCAAACAUUUAACACUGAUCAUUUCUUUGUAAUUAUCAAACACUAUCUUAUUGCCUUUCACCUGUGGGAGCCUUACUGGGCUCACCACAGGAAACAAUGCAAGAACUGUAUCACCACUUAUGUGGCCGUCCAUCAGGGAGAGUUCAGAGAAAUGAACACUCAAAAAAGGGAAAGGGCUGGAGCCGGGUUCUUCUUUUAUAAACACAAGUCCAAAAUUCUAAAAUGUAUACCUUCAGCGAUCAUCAGGUGUGUAGCUGCAGCUUGGUGUAGUUUUUGCCUCAAAUAACACAGAAAUUCAAAAUUAGUUAAAUAAAACUAUUCAAGGAAUUAACAGUCAUUUUGGAUUCAGGCCCUAUUUUAAUGACUUGUGUACAAAAUGUUUUGGGAUUGGGUUUGCCUCAGCGGGCAGCUAAAAAGGCUGAAACCCUGCUGGCAAAUAAUCCAAAUUAAAGUAUGUUGACUGUAA